AUGACAGGUACGACGAACUUUGGCGUCGUUGCCGACUCGGAUGAGCCAAGCCAUCGCCUGGCCUUCGACAUCUUUGUUGACCGUAUUGCCGCCUUUGUCGGUUCCUACUUUGUGACCCUCGAGGGCCGCGUCGAUGCUCUGGUUUUUGCUGGUGGUAUCGGCGAACAUAGUGCUAAGCUCCGCUCUGCUGUUGUCAACCGGGUAGCCUGUUUAGGGUUUGCCCUCAACGAUGCCAGCAACCAGGAGCCUAUUAAGGACAUUGUUCAGGAACUAGGUGAACGCGAUGCUUCGCAACGAGUGCUGGUUUGUCAGACAGACGAGCAGUUAGAGAUGGCCAGGUUGUGUGCUGAAAAGGAAGACAUCUGGGAAUGA